GAGGGAACAAGUACUAUUUGGUAUAUAUACUUUUGUAGAACCACAAAUAUAUAUAAUAUAAUCGAUUAUACUAAAACAAGUUGGUACUCUAUUUUCACACCCUUGUAAAACCCUAUAAAUACCCACAACGUCUCUUCAUUUCUCUUCAUCUCUUUCUUAAACACACUUGAUAAUCCUUAUAACUCUGAGUCUAUCAUCUUUUGAGAAAGAGAAUGGCUUCAAGGAACUCGUCCUCUGUUGCUCUUUUCUUCGCCCUCAACAUCCUCUUUUUCACCUUAACCGUUGCAACUGAUUGUGGUUGCAGCCCAAGUCCCAAACCCAAGCCGGUCCCAAGUCCUAAGCCCCCCAAGCAUGUCCCAAGUCCUUCAGUCCCAAGUCCCUCUGUCCCAAGUCCAUCGGUCCCACACCCUAAUCCUAUGCCGGCCACACCUCCGAGGACCCCUGGCUCAUCAGGAAACUGUCCAAUAGAUGCUCUCAAGCUCGGUGUAUGUGGAAAUGUCCUAAGCGGCCUACUCAACAUACAAUUGGGUCAGCCAUCAGCUCAACGAUGCUGCUCGGUUAUCCAAGGUUUGGUUGACCUCGAGGCUGCGGUUUGUCUCUGCACUGCUCUUAGGGCUAACGUUCUUGGGAUCAACCUUAACGUUCCUAUAUCUCUCAGCGUUCUUCUCAACAAGUGUAACAAGAAGGUUCCGUCUGGUUUUGAAUGCACUUGAAUCAGCUAUGCAUACGACGCACACACAGUUUCCUCUGCGAAAUACUUAAGUUUGAAUAAAUGCACGCAAGCUACAGUCUAAUAUUUAAAUCUUAAUUUUGUUUAAGUGAUAUAAUAAAUGUGUACGAGUUUUAUAUAUUCUCUUAAACGUUCCUCGUCGUUGGUUCUUGUAUGUUUUUCUAGCCAUCUAUACCUAUUUUCAAAUACUUAACACUUGCA